AUGUACACGUGGCACAUUUCACACGUAAUUUUUUUAGCGAACAAAGUGUAAUUUGAAAAGGAAGAAAUUGGCUAGUAUUUUUCUAAUUUUUUCAGGUACUGAAAAUCGUCAUGUCGAUUUCGGGCCUCUUUAUCUUGGACCUCAAGGGAAAUGUGAGUUUUGUUUUGUGACAAUUGUGGGUUUUACAGUGUUUUCAUCAAAUAUUAUAAAGCAAUCAUAACGUUAAUUAAACAAGUCAAAUUGAUCUUAAGCAACGAGAAAAACUGCGUUUUUUCGAGGCCAUGCCAAAACAGCGGAAUUCACGAAAACCGCGGAUGCCAAAACCGCGGAAGCCAAAACCGCGGAAAAAAAUGCCAAAACCGCGGAACCGUGCAGGCGCAAUACUUGACGCGCAUUUAAAGACUUUGGCGUUUAUUGAAUAGAAGGGAUUGAAAUUUAAUAGCAUCAAACAUGACAAUUUGCAGAAAAUAACUUUAAAAAUUUAUUUUGACGUAUAAAAAAAAGGCAGCAGUAAAGAAAAAAAGCAGUUUUGGGUAAAAAAAAGUCAUCACCUUUUCGUUUGGUCGAUUGAGACUAAUCCGUUUGAAGUUUCCCCCCAAAAAUGCGUUACUUGCAGUUUUUUUUCUGUAAUUUUUGCUGUUCGAUCGCUCAAGAUGUUUGCUUUGUAUUUAUGCGAUUUAUCAUUCUCAAAACCAAUUUUGUGUGAAAACGGUCAGGAAUGAGCAAUAUAAGGAGUGUGGUUUUCAGGCGGGGAAGACGAAAAAACGAAAUACUUGGCGGAAGCCACGCCUAUAUUGUCAGCUCUGGAGGUGGCUACCCCUAGCCAGAACUGUUUGAAUCGGAACCGUCCUAAAUCAGAAGCUAUCUGCAUGUGGUUUUUGUUACGAAAAGUCGUGUUGAUUCGAGACAGUUCUGGCUCGGGGUAGCCUCCUCUGGAGACCGUGAAAAAAAAAGAUUAAAAAAAUAUUCUGCAAGUCCCAACUAAAUGGGAAAACCCGGCAGGCACCACGAGCUUUUUCUAUUCAGGACCACUUUUUCUAUUCAGGACCACACAUUCGCCGUGGAAUUGCAGACAAAAGAAAUAUGCUGAUGAUAUCUGUCAAAAUAAUUUUAAAUAUAACUCUCAUUUCCAAUUUUUUUUCAGAACUUACAAACUUCAUUACUUUGUUUGAUGCUAUUAAAUUUUCAAUUCCUUCUAUUCAAUAAACGCCGAAAUCUGAAAAUGCGCGUCAAGUAUUGCGCCUGCACGGUUCCGCGGUUUUGGCAUUUUUUUCCGCGGUUUUGGCUUCCGCGGUUUUGGCAUCCGCGGUUUUCGUGAAUUCCGCUGUUUUGGCAUGGCCUCGUUUUUUCUCGUUCGAAAAACUUGUUCUGUGCAAUUGUGUGCAAUGCGUCAGAUUUGACGCGCAAACUCAAAAACGCCGGCUUGGAAGUUCUCAGGGGGGAAAAGCGGAAAAACAGAGCGAUUUGAAUUAGGAAUUAAGUUGGAAGAGAAGUGUUUGUGAAAAAAAUUCAAAAAAUUCCGCUUUUCAGGUAGUAAUCUCUCGCAACUAUCGCGGAGAUGUAGACAUGACGUGCAUCGAGAAAUUCAUGCCUCUUUUGGUGGAAAAAGAGGACGAAGGGACGGCGUCGCCUGUGCUCGUUCAUCAGGGAAUCAGCUACACGUACAUAAAGUACAUGAAUGUGUAUUGUACGUUUUUCAAGUAUAUAACACAAUUUUAACGGAAAAUAAUGGUUUUAAUCAAAAACGGCAGUAGCAGCAACGGCGUAUUUUUAAACUAUUUUUAAACUUUUCCUGAACAUUAAAAAAAUAGUUCUUCAGUGGUAACUGUCUCGAAAAAGAACACGAACGUGAUUCUCGUGUUGUCGGCGCUCUACAAAAUCGUCGAAGUGUUCUGCGAGUACUUCAAAACGCUCGAGGAAGAGGCGGUUCGCGACAAUUUCGUAAUCAUCUACGAACUUUUCGACGAGAUGCUCGAUUUCGGAUAUCCACAAACCACCGAGAGCAAGAUUCUUCAAGAGUGAGCUUUUUUACAUUUUAAACAUUUUAAAAUUCAUUCAAAAUGUUUCAGAUUCAUUACUCAACAAGGAAAUCGUCUGGAGACGGUCCGUCCUCCGAUGGCCGUCACAAAUGCCGUUUCGUGGAGAUCUGAAGGCAUCAAGUACCGCAAAAAUGAAGUCUUUCUCGAUGUCAUCGAAAGUGUCAAUAUGCUGGUUUGUUUUUUUUAAGCAUCGUUUAUCCUCAAGUUACUGAAAAAGCAAUGUAAAAGUUUUCUUACAUUUUUUAAGCUGAAAUUUUAUUUACCCUAUUCUUUUUUAUAUCAUGCAUUUAGCUAGCCAAAUUCAGCAAUGGGUAACAGAAAUAAAAUCGUUCUAAUCCUUUUUCUCGCUAAUAAAAAACCGAAAAUUUACAAGAAAAUUCGCAUUUUUCCAGGCGAACGCCCAAGGAACAGUGCUGCGAUCGGAGAUUGUCGGCUCGAUUCGUUUCCGUGUCGUUCUGUCCGGAAUGCCCGAAUUGCGACUCGGCCUCAACGACAAAGUGUUCUUCCAGCAGUCCGGCGCCAGUUCCAGUCAGUUUUUUCUAGAUUGUGUUAUGCAAAACGAUGUAAAGAAAAACUAUAUCAAUUUAAUUCAAUUUAUCUUGAAACUGUAGUUUCACUUAAUUACUUUUCUUGAUUUCAGGACGCGGAAACGGCGGAAAAGGAGUCGAAUUGGAGGACAUCAAGUUCCAUCAGUGCGUCCGUUUAUCGCGAUUCGAUUCCGAACGGACCAUCUCGUUCAUUCCGCCCGACGGAGAGUUCGAACUGAUGAGUUAUCGAUUGACGACGCAAGUGAAGCCGUUGAUUUGGGUCGAGGCGUCUGUCGAGAGACACGCUCAUUCGAGGGUCGAGUACAUGGUCAAGGUACGGAUUUUUGCGCUAACGGACAGAUUCCCAAUUUUCUGUAAAACUUAAAGUCAUAUAAUCCGAAUUUUCAGGCCAAAUCGCAAUUCAAACGUCAAUCGGUGGCGAACCACGUGGAAGUGAUCAUUCCGGUGCCGUCGGACGUCAGUGCGCCGAAAUUCAAAACGGGCGCCGGAACCGCCAAAUACGUGCCCGAGCUCAACGCGAUUGUGUGGAGCAUUCGCAGUUUUCCGGGUUGGUUAACGAAUCCUUUGCAAAAAUCAUUAAAAAUUGUUCUCAGGCGGUCGCGAGUACAUAAUGCGGUCCUCGUUCAUGCUGCCGUCGAUAACUUCGGAAGAAGUGGAAGGACGUCCGCCGAUCAAUGUGAAAUUCGAAAUUCCGUACUACACCACUUCUGGUCUCCAGGUAAACACGUUUUUAAAUAGUUUUCGGUGAAAAAUUCAUAAAUUCAAUUGCCAGGUGCGCUACUUGAAAAUCAUCGAAAAAUCCGGCUACCAGGCACUUCCAUGGGUCCGUUAUGUCACUCAAAACGGAAAUUACGAGCUCAGAAUGACCUAA